AUGAGGACAGGUGGUAUCGCUGCCGUUGUAGGGGGUAUAGUGAGCUCAGCCACUGCCUUGUCUUUACCCAGCGCUACCGAGGGUAAAGGCUACAUCGCCAUGCCGGUCAGACAGACCAGACUCAACCUGGACCAUCUCACCAAGAGAGACGCAAUCGAGGUCGUCCUUAAGAAUCGGGAGUUUUAUUACUCCACUGACGUCAUCAUUGGCACACCCGGACAGCAGGUGACCGUUCUCCUCGACACGGGUUCUUCUGAGCUUUGGGUCAACCCCGACUGCGCCACGGCGCCCUCGGCCGCCCAGGCCAAGCAAUGCAGCGCUGCCGGCCAGUACAACCCGCGGAACAGUCGCACCCCGCCGAGCGGCCCCACUGGCACUCGUAGACUCAACUACGGCGAUCCCUCAGCUCCCAACACUCAGACGAGCGCCGAGAUCGCCUACUACUCAGAUAGCAUCACAAUGGGUAAUGGCAUCUUGUCCAACCAGACGUUCGGAGUCGUCACUAAGAGCGAUGGCAUCGCUACUGGCAUCAUGGGCCUGGCCCCCGACCUGAAGGCUGGCUUCGCCGCCGGCCAACCGUACAGCCUGGUUCUCAACAGUCUGGCUGAUCAGGGUAUCAUCGGGAGCCGCAUCUUCUCAUUGGAUCUACGUCAUGCGUCUUCAGACUCAGGCGCUCUCAUCUACGGCGGUGUCGACACCGGCAAGUUCAUUGGUGAGCUCCUACGAGUUCCCAUGGUCAAUGGCGCCAAGGGCGAGCCCCGUCUCGCUGUCGAGCUUACCGGAGUCGGUAUGAAGUUGUCCAACUCCGCCAAGACCUACAACCUGGCCCCAGAGGACAGAAACGUCAUGAUCGACUCCGGCACAACACUCACGCGCCUGCACCCUUCCCUCGCGCGCCCCAUUUUGUCAGACCUCAAGGCCACGAGCAGCAGCGACGGUUACUGGACUGCGGCCUGUUCCCUGCGCAAUAGUGAUAGCGAUACGUACGUCACCUUCACGUUUGGCAGAAAGACCAUCCGCGUGCCGCUGAGUGACUUCAUCCUCGACCUGGGUCCUUCCGAUGACCAAUGCUACAUCGGUCUUGUCACCACCACCGACCAGCAGAUCCUCGGUGACAGCAUGAUGCGAGCCGGCUACUUCGUCUUCGACUGGGACAACCAAUUCGUCCACAUGGCGCAGGCAAGCACCUGCAACCAGGAGAAGAUUGUGGCCGUUGGCAAGGGUAGCGAUGCUAUACCCAGCGGCGUCAUAGGACUCUGCCAAGGUCCCACUACGCCGGACGGCGAAGAAACCCUUUCGGCUUCUGCAGUGAGUCCACCUGCUUCUCCAGCUCCUGCCAUCCCGAUAUUUGCGCCCACUGUCGACCCGGCAACCGUUACCAAGAUUUUGGAUAACAGCCCGGCCCCGGCCCCGACCCCGAUCUAUGUUACUCUGUUGUCUUCUUGUACCGCAUUAACACUUUGCCCCCAGCCGUCCACAGCCAACGGCGCCUCGCCUACCUCGUCCUACCCCGCUGGUGGGUUAUCGAACGGCGGCUCCUCGACCCCCUCGAGGAACACGGGCGUCAGCCCCUCAUCCGCGGCGCCCUCCGAUCCCCCCUCCGCGGCGUCAUCCCUCACCGAGGGGCGGCUCCUAUGUCUAUUACUAGGUGGCUUAAUGACGUUUGCGGCCGUUUUUUGA